AUACACUUGGAGGGCUCGGCGAGCAAGGAGCGACUAGUGCGCACAAACGUGUCCGCUUUUACGCGCGGGAGGACGGACGGCGAUGCUGCAGCUUUGCGCCCCCACUCUCUCUCCCUCUCUCUCUCUCUCUGCAACUUUUCUUUUUUUUUUUUCUCCUGCAACACCUCCUUUAAGGAAGUUUGGAUUUCUCAACCCCCCCAACCCCGUCCCUCACAAUUGGAACUUUUUUUUUUUUUUUUUUUUUUUUUUUAAAUAAAUAUGAGAGGUCGGUUCGCUGUCACUUUUCCACGCCUUUUAAUUGCUGAAAUGUCUUAUUCCGUUUUAAGGGUGGGAUAAAAAAAAGAAAGAAAAAAAGAGGAGAGGGGCAGGAGAAAGAAGGUGUGACAACUGUGGAUCUCUGCAAGUAACUCCUACUAGCGUCCAAAAGGGGGGGAGGAUGAGGGGGGGCAUCGGCCAGUACCCCCCUCUCCUUGAUUGAUUAGUUAUUAGUCAUCCCUUUGGCUAAAUGGGACCCAUUGAAAAGGCACCGUGGAACACAUGCAUGAAUCAAAUAUUCCCGUGUCCCUUCAAUGUCUCCACAGUAGUUUUGCUUAAGAAGAGAGGGGGUCGUGGCUGGCAAAUAUAAAGAAAAAGGAAGGACUCCAAAAAAAAAAGAAGAGAAAGUGUGGACUGUAUAUUUUGUUUUUGUUUUGUUUUUUUUCCAUUUUGGAUGUCACAUUUGAGUGGCGCUUUUCGCACAGAAUGAAACUUUGGACAUCACCCUGGCUGCCCUGCCUGGUGAUCCUCAUCCUCUGCUUUGGAUCAGAGUGCGGGACGGUCCGGAGGAAAGGCAGAUCCAAGCGGGACUUGGUGCGCUUGAGGGAGGCGAGAGCCGCCCUCCCGGGGGCUUGCGCCACGCGUCUGCCCCGGGGCAAGCGCUCCUUGGCCGGCUUGGAGCGCCGGGGGCUGCGGCAGCGUCGGCGCUCCUCGCAGCCGGAGGUGAGCUCCCCCGAGCGGGGGAAGGCUGUCUAUUUCACCGGCAGGGGCGACCAGCUCCGGUUAAAGCCCGGCGUGGAGAUCCCACGGGGGAACUUCACACUCGAGAUGUGGAUCAAGCCGGAGGGGGGCCAGCGCUCGCCUACUGUCAUCGCAGGCCUUUACGACAAAUGUUUCUACGCCUCCAGUGACCGAGGCUGGCUUCUUGGCAUCCAGUCCGUAAGCGAACACGGCAACCGCGAUCCCCGCUUCUUUUUUUCCUUGAAGACGGACCGUGCCCACAAGGCGACCGCCAUCCACUCAAACGCCCGCUACGUACCCAAUCAGUGGGCCCACCUGGCCGUCACCUACAACGGCAUCUACAUGAAGCUCUUCGUCAACGGCGCCCAGGUUGGCGUGAGUCGGGAGCAAUCUGGCGACGUCUUCAGUCACCUGACCAAAAAGUGCAAAGUGCUGAUGAUUGGCGGGAAUGCGUUGAAUCAUAACUACCGGGGCUCGGUUGAGAGGGUGGCUCUAUGGAGGCAGGCUCGGGAUCAGAGGCAGAUUAUCAGGGACAUGCAGGGCCACGAGGAUCCGCAAGAUCUACCUCAACUGGUCAUACGUGAAACAUUUGAGCACCCGGGCAGGAAGUGGCUGACUGUGAAAGAUGGUAGCUUCCCUCAGCCGGAGCAGAGGGGAAGUGGGCGGAUAGGUUUUGAAGGAAAUGCCCAUGGAUUAUUAGAUACUACAUUAGAGCCUCCAGUUUGUGGUCAAACUGUCUGUGACAAUGUCAAGGUCAUCGAAAACUACAACCAUCUUUGGAGCUUUCGCCGUGCCAAGAAAGUACGGUACCGUGUGAUAAACAUCUGGGACGACACUCGGACCAAGCCAACCGUGUCGGACCACCAGAUCAUCCUGCAGCACCAGCAGCUUAACGACGCCUUCAGCCCUUACAACAUCACCUGGGAGCUCAGCAUCCACAACGUCACCAACUCCUCCCUGAGGAACCGCUUGAUUCUCGCUGACUGUGACAUCAGCAAAGUGGGCGAUGACGCCUGCAACCCAGAGUGCAACCACCCGCUCACCGGGUACGACGCCGGUGACUGCGUGUCGCGGCACCGGAGCCGCUGCCCCGAGAGCAAGCAGGGCAACGGCAUUUGCGAUGCGGAAUGUAACUGGGAUGAUUUCUUCUACGAUCUUGGCGACUGUUGCAACCCCGACGUGACGGACGUGACCAAGACAUGCUUCAACCGCUCCUCGCCAUACAAAGCCUAUCUGGACGUGAAGGAGCUGAAAGAGAUCCUGCGCUUGGACGGCUCCACUCACCUGAACGUCUUCUUUGCCAACUCCUCCGAUGAAGAUCUAGCGGGGGUUGCCACUUGGCCGUGGGACAAAGAAGCCCUCACGCAUUUAGGCGGAAUCGUGCUGAACCCGUCCUUCUACGGUACAUUCGGCCACACCGACACCAUGGUGCACGAGAUAGGUCACAGUCUCGGACUCUACCACGUUUUCCGAGGGAUCUCAGAGAUCGAAUCGUGUAACGAUCCGUGUUUGGAGACGGAGCCCUCGAUGGAGACCGGAGAUCUUUGUGCGGACACUAAUCCCACGCCCAAGUUCAAAGAAUGCCACGAUCCAGAACCCGGCAACGAGACCUGCGGCUCUCCGCAUUUCACUAACACGCCUUUCAACAACUACAUGAGUUAUGCAGAUGAUUCCUGCACUGACUCCUUUACCCUGAACCAAGUGGCUAGGAUGCACUGCUACCUGGACCUGGUCUACCAGACUUGGCAACCUAAUUCCAAACCUCCUCCGGUGCCCAUGCCCCCACAGGUGGUGGAGCAACAUCACAACUCCUUCACUUUGGAAUGGUUUCCACCCAUUUCAGGACACUUUUACGACAGAGAAUUGGGAUCAGUGUGCGAUAAAUGCACCGAGGGUAGAGUUCUACUGCAAUACGCCUCCAACUCGUCAUCCCCGCGACCAUGCGAUCCCUCCGGACACUGGUCACCGCUUGGGGCUGAAGGUCCUCCUGAUGUGGAGCAGCCCUGUGAGCCGAGCGUGCGCACCUGGAGCCCCAACGCGGGCAACGAGCAGGGCAACGUGGGCCUGUCCGAGUGCCCACUCCAGGGCUGCAUGCUGCAGCUGGAGUUCCCCUACCCGCUGGUGCCCGACUCGCUGACCGUCUGGGUCACAUUCUUCAGCCCCGAAGAAACGGCUCUCCCCGCCAUCCACAACAUCCUCCUCCUCACCGUCCGCGGCGACAACAUCUCCCUGGGGCCCAGCAACGUUUUCUGCGACACGGCGCUCACCCUGAAGCUGGACAUUGAGGAGGAGGUUUACGGGGUGCAGUUUUUCACCAUGGAGCAACACCUGGAGAUCGACGCCACCCUGUUGGCGUCCAAACCAGACUCCUCUCUUUGCGGCGACUGCCAACCUCUGCGCUACCGCCUGCUGAGGCAGCCGCCCUUCACCCACGCGCCACACGGGCUCCUUUUCAACGAACCCAGUCGCCGUUAUACAGACAGGGAUGUGGAGCCGCAUGUGGCCUACACGUAUCGGGUCCAAACCAUAUCGAGCCGGAGCGAGAGCCAACCUUCCCCGCCGCUGGUGCAUGAACUUGGGGCACCCUAUUGCGGGGACGGACGGAUCCAGAGUUCCAAGGGAGAGGAGUGUGAUGACAUGAAUUCCAUGAAUGGCGACGGCUGCUCCAGUCAGUGCAAGAAAGAGGCUUUCUUCAACUGUGUCGAGGAGCCGAGCAUGUGCUACUACUACGACGGCGACGGCGUUUGCGAGGACUUUGAGCAAGAGACCGGCGUCCGAGACUGCGGGCUCUACACCCCCAGCGGCUUCCUGGACCAGUGGGCCUCCAGUGUCGAGGUUUCCCAUGAGAAGAAGCCAUACUGUUCGGGCGAGGUGGCUGCAGGGUAUCCUGCUGUUACCAAGACAUGUCAGUCCAAGGUGUUUGAUCUUUCCGACGGGGUGUCCCAAUAUGCCUGGUACCCCUGUCAGGAGGCCCACAAGACUUCCUGGGGAUACCCCAACUACUGGCUUAAGGCCCAUUUUUCUCAUCCGAUGGUGGCGGCAGCGGUGAUCAUACACCUGGCGGUCGACGGCACGGCUUACAUUGACCAGACUCAGUGUAACAUCACCGUUCAGCUGGUGGAUACCAAAGAGGGGAUCCAUAGCUUGGGCGAGUGGCGACUGAGCUGCCGUACCAACCCAUUGGUGAUUCCAGUCAGCCAUGACCUGUCGGUGGCCUUCUAUCACACCAAGACCAUCCUGGUCAUGUUCGCCUCCCGCCUCGUCGCCAUCUCCGGGGUGGGGCUGCGCUCCUUCCAGUCCUUCGACCCCAUCACUAUCAGCGGUUGCCAGAGCAAUGAAAUUUACAACCCCACAGGCCAGAGUUGUGUCCAUUAUUCGUGCGAAGCCAUCGACUGCCAGGAGCCCUUAAUCCGCAAUGCAGAGCUCAAGUGCAGCAAUGCCGGCCGCCACUUCUACAACGGAGACCGCUGCACCAUCUCUUGCAACUCCGGCUACGUCCUGCAAGUCCACCAGGAUGAUGACAUCAUCAAGAGCCAGUCUGACUCCUUGGUGACCAUCACCUGUGCAAACGGCAAAUGGAACAAGCAGGUGUCAUGCGAGCCCGUCGACUGCGGCCUGCCCGAUAAAUACCACGUCCACCCGGCCCAUUUCAACUUCCCCGAGGGCACCACCUACGGCAGGAAGAGCACUUUCCAGUGUCGUGAACCUGCCCAGCUUGUAGGUACAAACAACACUCUGACCUGCUUGGAAGAUGGUCUGUGGUCCUUCCCCGAGGCUCUCUGCGAGUUGCGCUGCCCGGCUCCUCCGCCGGUGCCCCAUGCCGUGCUGCAGACAAAGCGUUGCAACGAGACGGGCCUCAAAGUGGGAACGCUGUGCAAGUACAAGUGCAGGCCAGGCUACCACGUGACCAAUAAACCCAAGAGGCGUGCGUUUAAGCGCCAGUGCACAGAAGACGGCAGCUGGCUUGAAGGUGCGUGUGAGCCGGUCACCUGUGACCCGCCGCCCCCCAUCUUCCACGGCUCCUACCACUGCACCGACGGCUUCCGCUUCGACAGCGUUUGCCGCCUCAAUUGCUCAACCGAUGCCGCCGGUAAUAGCGGCAAUGCCGUCACAGGAGGCUCCGCCCACACGGUGAGGCUGCUGCACGCUCCAUGCAAGCAGGGCUCCGGCUCCAACGUGAUCCGCUGUAGGAAGGACGGAAACUGGACGGGGUCCUUCCGCCUGUGCCCCAACAGCAAAGGCCAGUGUUCUUUACCUCAAAACCUGCACUACAGCCUCCAGUACUCAUGCAAGCGAGGACAUGGCAUAGGCGAGGAGUGCGAGCUGACGUGCAGAGAGAGCAACAACGACGUGGUGAUCCUCCCCAGCAACAUGACCGUGGACGACGUGCUCAAGGAGCACUGGAGGAACCCACACAAGGUCAAGAGUAUUGUCUGCACAAUGGGACUGAAGUGGUAUCCGCACCCAGAAUUACUCCACUGCAUCAAAGGUUGUGAGCCGUUCAGGGGAGACAACUACUGUGAUGCAUUAAACAACCGAGCCUUCUGCAACUACGAUGGAGGAGACUGCUGCCAAUCCACUGUCAAGACUAAGAAGGUGAUUCCUUUCCCCAUGUCCUGCGACAUACGGGGCGAGUGCUCCUGCCGGGAUCCUAACGCCAUGGAGAACAAAAGAGAAGAGAACGUGUAUUCCCUGGGGUGAUCAAACCCACAAAGAGAAGGAGGGGCAAUUUUCCACGUCCCGAGACAUCUUUUGCUCCAACA